AUGUCCAUCUCCGACUCGGCUAUCCAUGCGCUCGCCGGCGCCGUCGGCGGCAGCGUCUCCAUGGCGCUUACGUACCCGCUCGUGAACCUCUCCACCCGCGCCGCCGUCACCACCAAGAAGGAGGAUCUCUCCAUCGGUCAAGCCCUCGUCAAGACCGUCAAGGAGCAAGGCAUCGGGGGGCUCUACAGCGGUCUGGGAAGCUCUCUAUUUGGGAUCAGCUUGACCAACGCAGCCGCGUACGAGGAGACCCGCGCGUGGCUCAUCAAGCGCCGCACCGGCCCUUCGGCCAACAGCGCGCUCACAACGGGCGAGGGCAUCGUCGCUGGCCUCAUUGCAGGUUCGUUCUGCACGAUCGUCACCAACCCCAUCUGGACGGUCCAGGCGUACCAGUCCACUCGUGCCGUCGCUUCCGCCGACGGUGAGAAGAAGUCGGGCCCCUCGGCUGUCGAGUCGUUCAAGGCCAUCAUCAAGGCGGAUGGCGUCAAGGGCCUGUGGCGCGGUAUCGGCCCCGCCCUCAUCCUUGUGAUCAACCCCGUGAUCCAGUACACCACGUUCGAGCGCAUGGUGUCCGCACUCCUCACUUGGCGCGCGAAGCGCGCCCCUGCCGGAUCCAAGUCGGGUCCCCUGGGCCGCUCGGCGCUUACCGACUGGGACCUGUUCGUCCUCGGUGCGCUCUCCAAGCUCAUCGCCACGGGUAGCUCGUACCCUAUCCUCGUGGUCAAGUCGCGUCUCCAGGCCGCGACCCACAAGUACUCGUCGUCGCUCAAGGCGAUCGUCCAGAUCCUCAAGACCGAGGGUAUCUCUGGCCUCUACGCCGGUCUCGGCCCCAAGCUCCUCCAGUCGGCGCUUACCGCCGCGUUCCUCUUCGUGGCCCAGCGCCGCAUCUACGAGGCGGUCAAGUCCUUCGUCAACGCCGCCGCCUCGAAGCGCGCGGCCGUUCGUGCUUAAUCUGACGGCAGCAGAGUAGUUGUAGCAGCAGAGGCCAUGCGGGCUGGGAAAACAAAACCAAUAGCACGGGAUGCGGAAUCAUGAGAAGUUAUGGCGGG